CUGAAUUCGUACAGUUAAUUGUAUAUAAAUUAAUAUAUUUUUAUUUGUCAUCAGAAUCGUGUGAUUAAUAUAUUGAUUCUCAUAUUGAAAAUAUACGUAUGCGUAGGGCUUGUUAAGUUUUAGAAACGACCCUGAGGGAACGUAUAUUUAACAUGUUCUGCUAAUAAGAUUGUAGCGUAAGGAGGACAAAUCGCGCGGCAUUAAAAAAAAUCUUCAGUUAAAUUAUUUGUUGGUAGUUCUAUUUUCUGAAAAAUUAAUAUCGGUAUUUGUUAUCAUUAUUUGUCCUAGAAACGUUGAAAUUUUGGUAUCUCUUAAUAUGACUAGAUCAAAAAUAGAGUUAGGAGAUGUAACACCGCAUAAUAUAAAACAACUGAAACUUCUUAAUCAAGUCGUAUUUCCAGUCUCAUACAAUGAGAAGUUUUAUAAGGACGUUUUAGAAGCUGGAGAAUUAGCAAAACUUGCAUAUUAUAAUGACAUAGUGGUUGGUGCAGUUUGUUGUAGGGUAGACACUUCAGGAAAUUCUAGGCGCUUAUAUAUUAUGACGUUGGGAUGCCUUUAUCCCUAUAGAAGAUUAGGAAUUGGUACUGUAAUGGUACAGCAUGUUUUAAAUUAUGUUAACAAAGAUGGAAACUUUGAUUCAAUUUUCCUUCAUGUUCAAAUAAGCAAUGAAGGAGCUAUCGACUUUUAUAAAAAGUUUGGAUUUGAAAUAGUAGAAACGAAGAAAUAUUAUUAUAAGAGAAUAGAACCUGCAGAUGCUCAUGUGCUACAAAAGACUUUGCGUCCUAAAACAAAUCAAACAAUUAAUAUUUAAGUACAAUGCUUUGAAACUAUGAUUUUAAAUUAAACAUUAGAUGCAUCCAUUAUCAAUA